GGGAACCACUCCAACCCAUCAGCCUUUGUUGUCGGCGUCGUGUACCCAUGACGCGACUGUAGUGGCACCAUUGUGUCGAGCACCUCCUAGUCUCUCGUCUUUGUGCCGCCUCAAUCAUUUUUCGCCGCUACUGCCACUGCGACUGCCACCAUACUUCUAUGCCGUUAUCUUCUCGAUUAGCGUUGCCAUAAUCCGCUGCACUCCGACACACACACACCACCUUAUUUUGCACCCCUAACUCACCCCCAAGCACCCACACUCACUCUCUUUUCCUAUCUUAGAAAGCUUGGCCUUUGGUUUCGAAAAACCCUAGCCGCCACCAUCACCUCGCCUCCGAUGUUGCAUGAUCACCGUCUCUCUGCCUACUUCAAUGUUCCUCUCUUGGGUCCACCUCUGUUCCUCCCCCCCCUCUCUCUCUCCUUUUCCUUAGCCACGGUCACAUCAAAAGCACACCGCCAACCGCCAACCACCAACCACAGUUAAGACGGAAGCAACAUAUUGCAAUAGUGGAGCAACCAUCGGCUCACGCUCAAACAAUCAGCCACCGAGAGAAACAACUGAGCAUUGUGAAGUUGAACCCCGAGUUCAUCUCACCAGACCAUAAAUCAGCCCUUUUUGCCGUCAACCAUUGCACGGAGGUCUGUGGUGAUGCUGCGAGGAACACUAGCUAUAUAAUAAGUCUUCAAUUCAUUCAAUUUAUUGGUGAGUCACUUGUGCUGGGUUCUUCGUGGAAAGCUGAAGCUCAAGGGCCCGAACUCAGGGGGGAAGUAAGAUCCGGCCGGGCCAAUUGAGCUAAGUGGGCCCCGGUAGUUACACAAGACUCUCCCCAUGUACCUGACCUGACUUCAUCCCUAUCCUAAACAACUAAACAAUGGCGUCGUGUAAAUUUCUAAAACCCUAAAACUCUACAAUUUGGACUUGGCUUCCUCUUCUGCAAAUCUCCUCUGCUUCUACUUCUAGCAAUCAGGAUGCUCUCUCGUCUUCUCCCCAAAGCCUCACAUUUCCGUCUCCUAACUUUAAUUUCCUCCAAAUCCCAUCCUUAUCUCCCCAACCCUCAUUUUCCCCCAAACCCUCACUUCUCUCCCCUCCUCAAAUUCUUUUCCGAUCACAGCAAUAGCAACAAUGGCAAAUUCGACCAAUCCGCAUCUACUCCAUGGAAUCUUUCACGCGAUAGUGAUGGUAAGCUUGACCAAUUCUUUGCCCAAGACUCUGGACACUCUCCCGCCAGUGAGGACGAUCACUCAUGGUUGAGAGCGAGUGAGGAGAAGACGAAUGCCGAGGAGGAGUGGACCACUGCUGAGGGUUAUAAGCCCUGGAGCUUCAUGGAGGAGGAGAGCAGGGACGAUGUGUUUGGUCUAAAGGGGGAGGGUGUGCAGGAGGAGCUCGGUGACACUAAGGCUGAGAGUUCUAGUUUUGAUGAUGGUGCGGAUGGGGACCGGCGUGAGGAGGCUAUGAGGCUUGAGAGGGAGGAGCAGGAGCUCAGUGCUAUACUCAAAGGUCCAAAUCGUGCAUUUGGUGACCUUAUUGCUGCAUCUGGAAUCACUGAUGAAAUGCUGGACAGUUUGAUUGCACUGAAGGAUUUUGCAGGGAUUGAGGGACUGCCGCCUUUAAGUGAAAUAGAGGAAAUGCGUUAUGAGAAAAAUACAAGAAAAAUCACAAGAGCUGAAAUUGAGCGCCAGAAGCAGGAGGAAGUUGCCAGAGCAAGAGUGAGACAAGUAGACGAGAAGGGAAGAGCCUAUGGAACUGGGAGAAGGAAAUGCAGUAUAGCCCGUGUCUGGAUUGAACCUGGUGAUGGAAAAUUUGUAGUUAAUGAUAAACAAUUUGAUGUCUAUUUUCCCAUGCUUGAUCAUCGUGCUGCUCUCCUGCGACCUUUUUCCGAGACAAAGACCUUGGGCCUUUGGGAUGUCAAAUGUACUGUGAAAGGAGGUGGUGUCUCAGGCCAAGUUGGAGCAGUUCGAUUGGGGAUCAGUAGGGCCUUGCAAAAUUGGGAACCAGAUAUGCGUCCUGCACUCAGAGCUGCCGGUUUUUUGACGAGGGACUCACGUGUGGUGGAAAGGAAAAAACCAGGCAAAGCAAAAGCAAGAAAGAGCUUCCAAUGGGUCAAGCGAUAAUUAUUUGCCGGUAUGGGGAGCUUUUGGUUCUAUGCAGGACCUGUUUUAUACAUGGAACUUCAAUUUUGCCGCAUGAUGACAAUAACUUUCUGAGAUCUGUUGUUUGGCUCUUUAUCUUUGUUUAU